GGCAGUGCAGUAGUCAAGUUGCGUGCCACACGUCUUCUGUUUCCUGGGAAGCAUGUCCCAGUUCCACAGUUUCAGUGGCCCAUCUGAGAAGAGAAAUCUCCGGAGCGGCGGCAAUGUCCUGGACUUCUUAGAGGAUCGGAGGGGGCCUUACCCACCUGUAGCUCAUCCCAGCCAUACUGAGCUCGAUGACCCCUUAAGAAUGAAUGAGAGAAGAGCAGAACGAAGAGAGGACAUUUUGGCUCUCAACAGACGAGACAGACUUGGCUUUGACUUUCCCAGGAGCCACAGUGACCCCAGGGUGGCCCUAGAUUACCUUGUGGAUCCCUUGGACUACAAGAAGAAAGCAAGCGCAGUCCAGCAGGAGGACUAUCCAGACCUACUAGUGAAGUUUAAGAGCCUGCAAAGUGAGGUGGAGGAUCUCCGCAGUAGACUUGAAUUGAAGGAUUCAUCUGCUUGGGAGCUCAAAAGUCAGCUGGAUGUUUACAAAGAAAACACAGCACGCCAGGCCAGUCUCAUCAAGUCACUCAGGGAGCAUGUGAGGGGCACUGAGGACACAGAUGGUCACCUGCCAGCACAUAAUCGAGAGCACAGGGAGCUGACCAAUAAAGUGGAGGACCUAAAAGAGAGAGUGAAGGUGCAUCUGUCGGAGAGAGAAGAUGCUGAACAACGAGCAGCCAUUCUUGAGAAGAAACUCUCAGAUAUCACAGCUAAGCUUGCAGCACUUCUAAAAAUGAAUGUUAAAGGCCUUGAAAAUCCACUGGAUGCAUUGACACAAAGAGUCUCCGAAUUAUGUAAUGAGCACCUUCAACAGGAGGCCAAAAUUGCAAGUCUCUUGCAAACCAUUGCCAACCAGGAGCGUGAGUUCAAGGCCAGCCGAGAAACAAUCAUGAAGCUGGUCUCAGAAGUGAGCCAAGAGCAGAAGGCGUCGGUGGCCAUGACCCAAGAGAUUCAGGCCCUCAGAAGGGAAAGAGAUGAAGCUGUUCUAACCAAAUCAGCAGCCAGCAGAGAAAACCGUCUGCUUCGAGACAAACUAGUUGAAAACCAGAAAGUGUGGGACACUUCUCUACAGGACCACCUCCAUUCAGAGAAACACAAGAAAGAGCUGGAAGACACCCUGCAGACACACGUGUAUGAAGCCAAGGCUGCUCACAGUCUCCAUAAGGCCUUCCUUAGCCAGCUGGCUACCCUCUUGAGCAAUGGAUUCAUCUCCGUGCCAGAGAAUGAGGAGGCCAUUAAAGAACGGGUCAGGGAAAUAUGUACUGCAGAGAAGAGCUGGAGACAACGAGAAGAGGACAACGGAAAAAAAAUCAUCAAAUUGAAUCGGCAGCUAGAGCAGCAGUGUGAGCUCUACCACGAGACCAUGAGCCGAGCACAAAAGGCCGAGCAGAAGCUUAAUGAGCAGAAUGACUCUGUCUGCCAGUUAGAAGGGCUCCUGUCCUCCAAGGAAAUGCUUCAUGAGGGCUUUUACACGGAGAAGCAGAAGCAUCUCAACUUCAUAAAUCAAUUGAGAAAGAAACUGAAGGUAGACGAUGAUAUUUCUGAAGAGCCCCUGCACACCCAGUAUGAAGUGCUACUUUCUCGUGCCGAGCAGGUUGGCGGACUGGACAGCGAGGUGUACACUGACUAUAAGACCCUCAUUCUCAAUCUACAAAGAAAGGUUUCCUCCCAAAAAGAAAAACUAGAUAACAAGAAGGCGGAAAUUGAAAAUCUGCAAAAGAAAAUUAAGCAGCUGGAAGGCCUAAAGGAGAGCCAGUCGCUGAUGAUGAAAGACAAGAAGGAAAAGUCGGAGGUCAUUCAGAAACUGGAGAAGAAAAUUGAAAAGUUGCAGGACCAGCUGAGUGAGGCCAAAUAUUCUAACCAGGCUCUGAAGUCAAAGUUGUCAGAAGUGAAAAAUCUUGAGGUAAAGACUCUGGAAAAGAACAAGACCAUUGAGGAGCUCCAACGAGCCUUAGCAGCAACUGAAAAGAUCAAAGACAAAGCAGCCCAGAAGGUGGUGACCAUGAAGGCAGAGCUCGACCACAGAGAUUCAGAGGACAAGGAGGAGAAGGAGAGGGCACACUUCAUGAUAGAGGCCAUGACCAAUGAGCUGAGGACUGUUAAAAGAGCCCUGGAAGAGGUGGCCAAGAGAGAGAAGAAGCUGGUGGAUUUCAGAGAAUUAGUUCUCCAUCUGCUUGGCUUCGAUAUCAACACGAUGUCGGUCCCGGACCAUGAAGUCAUUUCCCAGAUGAAGAUCUUGCUCAAGGCUCGAGGAAACCUGUCCAAUAAAAGUGACGGUGUUCUAACAUCUCCAUUCUACAAUUUCAAGGCUGACUAUGGAGAAAAACUGUCCGACAAAGUCAAAGUUCAGCAUGUGGCUGCAGAAAAGAGAAGUGGCAAAGCUAACCGAUCAACAAAGUGGUAAAAUGGAGCAAGAUAACCUAAUCACAUUAAAUCCUGCAGUAAAAAUUUAAAAAAAAGAAAGAAUUCUGGCAGAGCAUUUCAUUCAAAAUUUGUGUGCGGAAAGUUGUACAUCAUUAAAAAAAUC